AUGGCAAGAGAGAGGAUGGCGCGAGCAGUAGAACCGCCACCAGUAUAUUCCUCUGCCGAUGAUACUUGCAACCUUCAGCAUACGUCGACAGAGUACUCCAAUCAAGUUUUGCCAGGCCCUUUUGAACCAUUUGAUCGCCCCGAGCUACCUACAGAUGACACCAUGAUUCUUUUGGAUAUCUCUGGGUCCAUGGAUUUCGACCCAGUUCGUCCGAUUUAUGAUCAAUAUCUCAUUACUAAAUACGUCAGAUCCUGUCAACCGAAAAACAAGGCCAGAUCAGUAAUGCGCCGCUUCACAGAGGCAUUAUCGCACGGCGAUCAACAUCAUAUGGAUGGGUACGAUCUCGUCACAUUCGCUAACGAAGCUAAUUACUUGGGGACCAUCAAUCAGCGCAACUAUGAUGAGGUAUGGCGCGGCAUAACUUUUGGCGGAGGAACGCGUGUCAUGGCUGGAUGGCAACAAGUUAAAGAGUUGCACUUUCAGAAACAUUCUCAAUCAGCCUCCUACCACCCUGUCUACGGAUGGCAAGCGGGUCCCGAAACACCCAUGCUAAGACUACUUUUGCUCCUGGAUGGUGAAGCCAUAGACAUGGAUGAAUUUGAGUUGGAUCUACUUAGUCUCGAUUGGGCGCAUGUAACCAUCUUCUUGAUUGGAGUAGACGGGUGCCCUCAUCACCAUCGACAUGCCAAUGAACUUCAACGGAUUAGUGAUUUCAACCGGCAUGUAUCAUUUGUCGAUGCGCAGGGCAACGUUCCGGAGAGAUAUGCGACACACGAAUUGCUCAAGCGGCAUCUAGGACGCGAUAUCUUGAUUGAUGACUUUAGACGGAUGGAAGGGUUGCCGUCUUACACUGAGAUGUGA